AUGCUCGCGGCAGCGGCAGCCCUGGUGUGCGUGUGCGCGGCAGCCUGGUGCAGCCCGGCGGCGGCGGCCGGGGGCAGACCGGACAGCGGCAAUUUUCUGGACGAUAAACAAUGGCUCACGACCGUCUCCCAGUACGACAAGGAGGUCGGGCAGUGGAACAAAUUCCGAGACGAAGUAGAGGAUGAUUAUUUUCGUACAUGGAGUCCGGGUAAACCAUUUGAUCAAGCUUUAGAUCCAGCUAAAGAUCCAUGUUUGAAGAUGAAAUGUAGUCGCCAUAAAGUCUGUGUUGCACAGGAUCAACAAACUGCAGUUUGCAUUAGUCACCGAAGGCUUACACACAGUAUGAAAGAGGCUGGUUUAGGCCAUAAGCAGUGGAGGGGUGGUCCCAUUUCAUCAAACUGCAAGCAGUGUCCAGUAGUUUAUACCAACCCUGUUUGUGGAUCAGAUGGUCACACAUAUUCUUCUCAGUGCAAAUUAGACUAUCAAGCCUGUGUCUCAGGAAAACAAAUUUCAGUGAAAUGUGAAGGACGUUGCCCUUGCCCUUCUGACAAAUCCACAAAUGCAGGCAGAAAUGACAGGAGAGUGUGCAGUGACCUGGAAUUCAGGGAAGUUGCAAACAGAUUGAGAGACUGGUUUAAGGCCCUUCAUGAAAGUGGAAUUCAGAAUAAGAAGACUAGGAUUGUUCAAAGGCCUGAAAGAAGCAGAUUUGAUACCAGCAUUUUGCCAAUUUGCAAAGACUCCCUUGGCUGGAUGUUUAAUCGGCUCGAUACGAACUAUGACCUGUUGUUGGACCAGUCAGAACUUGGAAGCAUUUACCUUGACAAGAACGAGCCGUGCACCAGGGCAUUCUUCAAUUCUUGUGACACAUACAAAGACAGUUUGAUAUCUAACAAUGAGUGGUGCUACUGCUUCCAAAGACAGCAAGACCCACCUUGCCAGACAGAGCUCAGCAACAUUCAGAAGCAGCAAGGAGGAAAGAAGCUCCUAGGGCAGUACAUCCCCUUCUGUGAUGAGGAUGGGUAUUACAAACCAAGUCAGUGCCAUGGAAGCCUAGGGCAGUGCUGGUGUGUGGACAGAUAUGGCAAUGAGGUGUCAGGAUCCAGAACAAAUGGUGCAGCAGAAUGUGCUGUCGAUUUAGAGACUUCAGGUGAUUUUGCCUCUGGUGAUUUCCAUGAAUGGGCAGAUGAUGAAGAUGAUGAAGAUGAAAUAAUGAAUGAUGAAGAUGAAAUUGAAGAUGACGAUGAAGAUGAAGGGGAUGAUGAUGAUGAUGACGAUGAUCAUGAUGGAUAUAUUUGA